UUCCGGCUCCCCCGUGGCCGUUUGGCGGGUGACGCGGCUCGUGCGGCUUUGGUAAGUUGGCCUGAGAAGCGGGGUCCAGUCCACGGAGCAGCUCAGUGGGCAGACUGACCACCAUGACGCUCGGCUGAAGAGCGGCCGCAGCGCCGACCGACCGAAGGAGAGCGAAGGAGAGCGAAGCCUCGAGUUUGGUCGCAAACUAGCGAAUUCUGACUGUGACAUAGUCAGGGCCACGUGGAGGAACUGCGAAGACUUGGGAUCAUUAGCUACCAUGCCACUUUGAGUGUCUUGGUCUGUGACUGAAGGAGGUAUCUGCAGAAUUUAGUGUGAGCACUCAAAGGAGAUUCCCUGAACAGAAGAUGAUGUCCGAUGCCAGUGAAAUGUUGGCAGCAGCCUUGGAGCAAAUGGACGGGAUCAUAGCAGGCUCCAAGGCCAUGGAUUAUUCCAAUGGGCUCUUUGACUGCCAGUCGCCCACUUCGCCCUUCCUGGGUGGCCUGCGGGUGCUGCAUCUGCUGGAGGACCUGCGGGGAGCACUGGAGCUCAUGGACAAUGAGGAAAGGGACAACCUGCGAUGUCAGAUCCCUGAUUCGACCGCCGAGGGGCUGGCAGAGUGGCUGCAGGGACGACUGAACAACGGCCACAGCUCAGAAGCAAUUUACCAGGAACGUCUGGCACGACUGGAGAGCGAGAAAGAGUGUCUGAUUCUUCAGGUCAGCGUUCUAACAGACCAGGUGGAGGUGCAAGGUGAAAAGAUUCGUGACCUAGAUACUUGUCUUGAGCAUCAUCGGGAGAAACUAAAUGCUACUGAGGAGCUCCUUCAACAGGAGCUUGUGAACAGAACGGCACUAGAGACCCAAAAGCUGGAGCUGAUGACGGAGGUGUCCAGUCUGAAACUGAAGCUGAGUGCUGUAGAACGCGACCACAGGGACACCGAGGGCUUUUAUCAGGAAGUAGCAGACCUGCGGUUCAGGGUGACUGAUAUAGAGAAUGAAAGACUCCAGUGUGAGAAACAGCUCAAAGCUUCCAAAGAGGAGCUACAGCUCCUGCAGAGACGGUUGGAGGAGCGGGAGGUGGAGCUGAAGAGGCUGAGGGACAAUGGCAGGCUGAGGGUGGAGAGCCUCCACAGAGCGGAGGGAGGGGAGAGAGAUACAGAAAUGUUGCAUAUGAAGAGGGCGUUGGACACGCUGACAUCGGCCAACGAUGAAAAGGAGCAAAGGAUCAAAGAGCUGGAGGAGUCACUUACAAAGUGCAAGAGGGUGCAGGAGCAGGUCAAAGACAAGCUGAAGGAAGACAACUAUGACCAGAUCACAGAUGAUCCUCUGGUUCCUGUAGCUAUGGAGGUGGAUCUGGUCGUCCGGGUGCCGAAGGGGGAGGCAGGAAGGAGGUCGGGUGAGUCUGAAACAAAAGAGCUGAUCAGGGAACGAGAGCUGCAGACAGCAGAGAGCUCCUGUGAUGUCCCACAAUUGAGCAGCUCCCCCAAAGCGGGCAGCGCCAACCAGGCCAGAAGCAAAGCAAGACCUGCUACCUCCUCUCCUGCUAAAACAAACAUCAGCAGUGAAAGUUUUGGGACCAAGAAAGCUCGUGCUUCGUUUGGACGCGGCUUCUUCAAGCUGCGCGGAGUCAAACAGACGGGCAGCGCCCCCAACCUGGCUGAAACGGAUCCUAAAGGCACAGAACACCUGGACUUGGCUGGUGCUCCUCCACGAAAAGCAAAGGAUGCCGCUGCUCUGCCAUCGUCACCGGAAGCAAAGAAGAAGUCCAAAGGCUUUAGGAGAUUCUUUGGCAGGCUGAAGAGGAGUCAUUCUACCUCCUUCAACCUCAACGACACCGCUGAGGGGGAGUUCAAGAGGGGUGGAGUCAGGGCCACGGCUGGUCCUCGACUCGGCUGGUCACAUGAAUCCAAACAGACCUCUGCUGACAUCCCCUUCUCUCAGUGGGGUAAAGAUGAGGUGUGUGCGUGGCUGCAUGAGCAGGGCCUCGGCUUGUACACCGCUCAGUGCCACAACUGGAUCACAUCAGGACAAACGUUGCUGCGGGCGUCACAACAUGAUCUGGAGAAGGAGCUGAGCAUGAAGCACCCCCUCCACAGGAAGAAGCUACAGCUGGCUCUGCAGGCUCUCUGCUCAGAUUACGACCUGAAGUGCGAACUGGACCACAACUGGGUGACCAGGUGGCUGGACGACAUCGGCCUCCCGCAGUACAAAAGCCACUUUGACGAGGCUCGUGUUGAUGGGCGCAUGCUUCACUACAUGACAGUGGAUGACCUGCUGUCUCUGAAGGUGGGCAGUGUUCUGCAUCACCUCAGCAUUAAGAGGGCUAUUCAGGUCCUCCGCCUCAACCGCUACGAGCCCAGCUGCCUCCGCCGACGGCCUUCUGAUGAGAGCAAUGUCACACCAGCAGAGAUUGCUCAGUGGACCAACCACAGAGUGAUGGAGUGGCUCCGAUCUGUGGAUUUGGCUGAAUAUGCCCCAAACCUGAGGGGCAGUGGGGUUCACGGAGGAUUGAUGGUGCUGGAGCCACGCUUCAACGUAGAGGCUCUCGCCCUCCUGCUCAACAUCCCCCCCAGCAAAACCCUGCUGAGGCGUCACCUGGCCACACACUUCCAUCUCCUGAUUGGCUCAGAGGCUCAACAGCUCAAACAGGACUGUCUGGAAAACCCGGACUACAGCAUCCUCACCGCCACUGCCAAGGUCAAGCCCAGACGCGUGUCGUUUGGCACCCUGAGGAAGAAACGGCCGGAAGAUGGCGAGGAGUACAUCUGUCCUAUGAACAUGGAAAUGCCCAAGAGCAGUAGCUUCCGGCAGGUCCUCCUCUAUGAAGACAGCCUGGAGCAGCUGGAGCAGAUGGAGGACUCCGAGGGCACGGUCAGGCAGAUAGGGGUGUUUUCUGACGGAAUCAACAAUCUGACGAGCAUGCUGAAGGAGGACGGCUUGUUUCGGGAGAUGAACGCCAGUGCUUGUGAACUCCAAGACUCGAACAUAGGCGCAUGUGAAAUCCAAGACUCGAACAUCGGUGCAUGUGAAAUCCAAGACUCGGAUUUCACAUGCACCGCUGUUCAAGACUCGUACAUCGAUGCAGGAGAAAUCCAAGACUCCGACAUCUGAGAAGCUGAAAGUCCCAAAGUUCUGUGGGAAAAUACAAACGUGCCAACAGUAUAAGACAUAACCAAAGAUGUGAUCUUAUAUUUAUUGAAGCUGUGCAUUUAGUGCCUUAAUGUUUUCUAUUAGCAUGUUUUAUCAUUACGCUGUCUUUUCCUUUAUGUGGUACUUGACAUAUGUUAGACUGUUGGGUGUGCACUCGCCUCAUGGGAGAAUGGAACAGUGUCUUUACGGAUUCCGUAAAGAGACACACUUGCUGAAAUAUGACCUGUCCUGUCACAUACUAAUGAUUUUAUUGUUUGUUUUUUUAAAUUUUUGUCAAUAAAAUUUGAACUACA